AUGAUCGAGAAGAGUGCACAUGUACCGGCUGUCCCAUUUCCCCAAGAAGCCGAACUCGUGGAAUGGGAUCUGGUAUGCAAGGAUCCUCCAGCCGGACUCGAUGAGAGCCUUCCCUGUGUCUUCAUUGACCCCGACACUGACGAGCUCCUCCUCACUUCUCGGCACAUGACUCUGUUUCUCAGAAAAGACCUCGACUUCUCAAGAUUGAACGAGGCAUACCCUUAUCUAUGGUGGAGCGGCCGCCAAGGUCCAGCCCGAUCACUUCAGAGACAGGUGAGCAGUCUCGGGCGGACCGUCUGCUCUACGGAACGCGCAGACCUGCACCUUGUUUGGUGUCCAACCACUGCACGGCUGUUUCUCAGGCCAUUGCCCGCAUACAUACUGUCGCAUGCGUUUUGGACAGCCUAUCUUCUUCCAGAUCAGGAUCUAGCUGCUUCAGCUCGUGGCCUUCUGCUUUCGUAUGUCUGGCUUCUGCGGAGCGAGCAGGACUGGAGGAUUGCACGUCAAAACCAUCUUCUUCCACCGGAAGUGAGCUGGCCAAAAUGGCGCUCUUUGGUGGAAGCGAUGCUUGACAUCCGCCAGUCUGGAUGCAUCGAUGUCAACAGUCUAGCUGGCGUCCACAGGAGAUUUCAUUACGGGGGCUUGCGAUUGAAUCGUCUGGAUCACAUUCUUCGCUUCAUGCCUCCUCACCGAGUCGGCGAUCUACUCUGGGGCUAUGGUGGAGUCAGGCAUCCUACGUACAGCGACUUUUUCCAGAGACGGUUUCGUUGGAUCGUCCUCGCUUUCGCUUUCUGCACUACCGUUCUUUCAGCUUUACAGGUCGCCUUGGCGACAGAUAUCCUCAGCACAUCAGCAGCCUACUGCGGUGUAAACAUGGAGGAUUACGUAUCGCGAUAUGAAAUUUCUGCAGCAGUAUUUUGGUACCUGCUGCCGGUCCGAGAGCGCAAUCCGGAGCUUGAUAUCUGUUUUGCAAGCCUUCUUGUCUCAACCAUGAGAAUUCACUAUCAGGAUUAG